AUGGAUCCGAACGAGAACCAUCUUUCCCAGCCACCGUCGGCACUGCCGCAGGAUGGAGCUGGCGGCCGAACCGGAUCGGGUGGUAGCGGAACGGGUGUGUCCGGGUUAGCGGCAGCGGCUGCGGCCGCUGGUGCCGCUGCCGCCGCUGCCUACCACCACCAGCAGUACUCUCAGGCUCCACCACCACCACCGCACCACCUGGCAUCGGGUUAUGCCGCUGCAAUGAUGGACCACCAUCAUCACCAUCAUCAGAUGAAGGAUCCGUACUAUCACCAUCAUCAUCAUGGGCGGCAUUACGCGGAUCCGUAUGCCGCCAUGCACCAUGGACACGGUGGCGCUUCGUACCAUGCGUCCCCGCAUGGUCCUCCGCCGCCACCACCGUCGGCUUUGGGUGCGAUGAAUCCGAUGCAUUCGCACAAUUCCUACUCGCACCAUGCGCACCAUCAUCCGCAUCAGAACCCGUACGGGCAUUCGUAUCAUCAUCAGCCGGCGGCACCGUAUCCGGCCGCUACGACCCCGGCUGGCAUGCAUCAUCAUCACGCGGUGCAUCAUCAAGGGCACGGGUCCUUGCUACCGCCCGCCGGAAGCUCCUCUUCGAUGGGCCAGUACUCGAACAGCCAACAGUAUCCUCCGUACGGUCAGAUGACCGGAACACCCGACCAAUUGUCGGCUGGUGGGCAUUACGCGGGAAGCUCCGGAGUGUCCCAUCACCAGCCGCAUCCAAUGGGUGGUGGUGGCGUUUCAGCGGCUUACCGAGACGAUAAGGAGAUGCUCGUGGGUCAGCAAAGCCACGCCAGCGGUAUGGCUUCGAACGCACCGGGUGUCAUCGGUGGACUCAAUACGACGAUACCCGGCACGGGUACGGCAUCGGUGAACGCUCCCGCGGGUCUGGGACCCGGUGGUGGGAAGCGAAAAAUUGAAAUCCUCGACAAUAUACUGAUAAAGAAAUCCAAAAACACCCCACCGGACAUGCCACUCGGUGGCAACGGUGGUGACGUUAGCCAUAUGGGGAGUGGCAGCGGUCACACCGGUGUGUACGGUCAGCAGCUUACGGAUCCGUCCAUCGGUGGUCCGAUGGGUGUGGGAGAUCCCGCCAAAUCGUCGUUCCAGAUGUCGAACAUCCUAGAUGAUAAAAAUGCCAAACUGCCCAUGGUGGCCGCUGCUUCCGGCGUUGCAGCUUCCGAUGGCAUGGUGAUGCAUCAGCACACGCACACAGCCACGGUUGGGGAACGUGAGAAGGUCCGGCCUACGGAAUCGGGACAUUAUCCGCACGGAAACGCUGGCGGUGGUUCGGGCAGAAAAUCGUCCCAUCAGAAGGCAUCGAAAGGUAACGAUUCAUCCAAAACAGAUCGUACAACCGCAGGUUCAGGAGGAGCAGCCGGCAGUGUGGCUGGAAGUGAGCCACAUUCCGAACAGCAGCAGCAGCAGCAGCAACAUCAGCAGUAUCCACAAGGACCACCAACCCAACACAUGGACUUUGAGAUAUCUGAAAAGCUGAAGGAAAUGGGCGAAAUUAGCGUAAAACCGGUGUCUAAAACGGACGCGAAUGCGAAGGCACGCACCAGCGAGCUAGAGUGUAAUGAGGAAAUAUCGCUGGAAAUCACUAAGAAGGAUGCGGCCAUGCGGAAGGUUACGAAUCUGCGCAAAAACAUCAAGGAGGUGAUGGACGACAACCAGCUGGACGCAUCGACGCUGACGGCUCAACGGCAAGAGUUGGAGCGAUUGGCGCGUGUCCAGGAGCAACAGCGCAUCAUCCGCGAGGUUCAGCGCCAGCUAGCGUUGGAACGUCAAACGAACAAAACGGAACAGAAGGUGAUGCAGUUCUUGCAAGGACACGCUUCCAUCUUGAAACCGCAGCAGCAACCCAGCACGUCCGCGAGCUCGACCGUUACCGGAAUCGGUGCGUCAGGAAGCGGUCCAACGCCAACCACUCCGGUGCGCGUGGGGUACGUUAAGAAUCCGUUCGAAACACGUGGUCGGCCACCGAAAAACCGCGCACCACUGGUUACCACUGUCACAACGGUUUCUUCGCUAAGCACAACGGUAACAACGUCGGCUACGAUGGCCCCAUCAUCAACGGCGACCACAAACCUCACUCCAUCGGUCAGCAUCGCACCGGUGAAGGCGGCCACAGUGACGGGCGCUUCAUUGCCGGCUUCCACCGCGUCCUCUCCAACGAUGGCCGCUGGCAUGGGAUCACCGUCGGUCAUUCCGGUGCGCACGUUCGAGGAGAUGGUGGACAGCGAGGAAGAGCUCGAACCGGAAGAGGAGCUCGACGAGGAAGACGAAGACAGUGAGGGCGAGGUGAUCGCGUUACCGGAGAAAAAGGAAAUCGUCACGAUCGACAGCUCGUCCGAUGACGAUUGCAUCGUGCUGUCGGAUGACGACGAGGAACCGGAAGACGAAUCGGACGAUGAUCCGCAGAACAGUGGGCUGCACGUGAACGACGCGUACAACGUGCCGGACGAGCAGGGCCGGGUGGUGAUCAACGUGGGCCACGCGGACGGUGAGGAGGACAUCUUCCUAGCGCCCCAGAUCGCGCGCAUCAUCAAACCGCACCAGAUCGGUGGCGUGCGGUUCCUGUUCGAUAACAUCAUCGAGUCGAUCGAGCGGUAUGAUUCCUCGACCGGGUUCGGGUGCAUACUGGCCCACUCGAUGGGGCUCGGCAAAACGCUUCAGUUAGUUUGCUUCUGUGAUAUAUUUUUAAGGCACACCAGCUCGAAAACGGUGCUGAUCAUCAUGCCCAUCAACACGCUGCAGAAUUGGUUGAACGAGUUCAACACCUGGCUGCCAGAGGAUAGCGAGAACAGCCCGCUGCGGAACCACGGCGAGGUGCGGCCGCGCCAUUUCCGCAUUCACAUCCUGAACGAUAGCCACAAAACGCUGAAAUCGCGCUCGAAAGUCGUGCUGGAGUGGGCCAAAAAUGGGGGCGUGCUGCUGAUUGGGUACGAGAUGUACCGGCUACUCAGCCAGAAGAAGAUGACUAAGAAGAAGAAAAAGAAGAAGGGCGGCGUGCUGGUGGCCGACCCGGAGGAGGAAAAGGAGUCCACCGAGGAGCAGCGGAACAUGUUUGACGACAUACACGAGGCGCUUGUGAAACCGGGUCCGGAUUUGGUGGUCUGUGACGAGGGUCACCGGAUAAAGAACUCGCAUGCCAGCAUCUCGGUGGCGCUAAAGCAAAUCAAAUCGAAACGACGCGUCGUGCUGACCGGCUACCCGCUUCAGAACAACCUGCUGGAGUACUGGUGCAUGGUGGAUUUCGUGCGUCCAAACUACCUUGGCACGAAGACGGAAUUUAGCAAUAUGUUUGAGCGACCGAUCCAAAACGGCCAGUGUAUCGACUCGACGCCCCAGGACAUCAAGCUGAUGCGGUACAGGGCACAUGUGCUGCACUCGCUGUUGCUUGGUUUCGUGCAACGGCGAUCGCACUCCGUGUUGCAAACGUCGCUGCCCCAGAAGGAAGAGUACGUGCUGCAGAUUCGCAUGACCGAGUUCCAGCGAAAGCUGUACAGCGUGUUCAUGAACGAUGUCGUGCGAACGAAGGCCGUUCCGAACCCCCUGAAAGCGUUUGCCGUGUGCUGCAAGAUAUGGAACCAUCCCGACGUGCUGUACAACUUUCUCAAGCAAAGCGAACGAGACAUUGAUCUGGAGAUCGAAGAACCUGAACCUCCGACGGCACCGGGGGCGGUUAAGCCGGUUGGGGACAAUUCCACCCCGAAUCCUGUGCAGCUGCCGGGUACAACAACUAGUGGUGGUACAAGCACCCCGAUGGAGAUCGAUGGCGCUGUUGGUGGAGUGAACGCCAUGCCGGAGGUGUCCCCGCCGUCGGUAGUCCCGAUUGGUGCUAAGGGUGGCCGGAAGAACGCCACCGCCGCCGCUAUACCAAAGCCGGCCAAACCGUUGGCGCUGAAAAAAGAUGGAACGCCACGCAAACCGCGCACACCGAAAAAGGCUGUGAUGAAUAAUAAAUCUCAAGCCGUUGGUAAGGAUGGUAAAAUUGUUCCAGCGGCCACCAUCAGCCCCAGCAACGUUAGCAAGGACCCGAAUGCGAUGGAUACGACGGGAUCGUUUGGAAAGGCCGAUGGUUCCACGGAUUUUGCUGGUGAUCGUGGUGUAGUUAAGCAGGAAACCGGAGGGCACAUGUACCCGCAACAUUACCCAGAUGCAGCAUCCGGAAAUCCGGCCUACCCAUAUCAGGCAUAUCCGGGAGCUGGACCUAUGCCGCCAAACCAAGGAUAUGGGGGCUACAAUCAAGGCAUGGAAAUGAUGGGACCCGAUCAGGGCUCGACCUACGGCACUUACGGUAGCGGUGUAAGUGGCCAGUAUGGCAAUAGCAACAAUGGUGCAGGUGCUGGGACCGGAGAUGCGUACAACAAUUACGGAAACAAUUACUAUCGGAAUGACUACAAUGCACCGUAUAAUCAGUCCUCGGCUUACAGUGCAGGUGCCGGAACUGAUGGUAAUGCACCGUACAACCACAAUCAGUAUCCGUACGGCGCGAAUAUGGCCGAAGGAAUGACAAACAAUCAGUACGCCAACAACGGAAACGGUGCGACCGCACAAAACACCCCAUCAAACAACUAUUGGGGUGGUAACGGUGGCAAUGGUAAUGAUAGCAAUACGUACUACGAUCAGCAACAGCCGGCGAACGCUAACCUAGCGAAUGGUGCUUCCGGAUCAUCUUAUUCGGCGUAUGGCGAAGGUUACAAUGUCUCUAACGGAACUCCAGCUGCUCCAUUGGCCGGUGGUGAGAAUAGUGCUACUAGUUUGGGUCCCUAUCCCGGUGUGGAACAACAGUCGGCAUCUUCGGCGAUGAACCAAACUCAGCUUCCUACGCAAUACAAUAAUUACGCUACUGCGGCAGACACAUUGCCAACGGAUGGGCUUCAAAAGUGGGACCAUUCGCAACUGACCAAUGCAAACGCUAAAGCAGCUGUGAAUGCGGAACUUUCACAAGGCCAAGAAACGAAUCUGCCCAACAAUAAUGCCGAGUCUAUUCCCGCGUUGGAACCAAACACCGAAUCACCGCUUACAUCAGCGGCUGCAAACCCGCUAGAUUCUACGGAUCCUAUUUCAGAUGCUGCUGCCGCCAUUACACAAGAGCAGGCGAAUGCACAGUACGCGAACCAACCCUCGCUAGAAGAUCUCAAAGAUCCAGUGAAGCCGGAUCUGGUUGGCGAUAAACCAACAGAGAUAGUCGAUAUGGAUACGAAGGAAAUUAGCAAGAUGGAUCUACAGGAAGCUGUUAAGCAGGAGAUCAAAAAGGAAGUGGAAGAAAAUAUGCAACAAGAUCAAACGAGUGCAGAUGCCCAGAUCAAAAAGGAAGACGAUAAAGCUGAGAUAAAAUGUGAGAUAAAGGCGGAGGAAAGCAGCGAGAAGAUAACGAAUGGUGGUAAUACAGAAGUUGAACUGUCGCCGUCGAGCCAGCCCGAGGAUAAAAAGUCUUUAGACGCAUUAGUGGAUGCGAACUUGAUCAAGAAGGAAGAGGGAUUGGAUGGUAUUGAAAUCAAGCAGGAAGCUGAGCCUCUAACUACUGAACCCGGUAAGAAUGCUGAAGAACAAAACACCGAGUCAAAGUAUGCACCCAACAAGGAUGUGCUAAAAACAGAGGAGGAGUUAGAUAAAUCAGCAAAAAUUGAAGGCGACGCUGAGAAAGAUGUGGAGGAAGUGGUAGCUGUGAUUGGAAAGAGUGACGAUGAUAAGGAAAAGUCGAAUGAUGCUACUCUAAAAGCGGAGGAGGAAGAUGCUAACAUGAAGCAAGAAGACAAGGAACCAACAGCUGCAGACAAAGAGACAACGUCGGCAAAAUCAACCACGACCACUGCAAAUAGUACUUCGACGACAACGACAACAACCGCUUCCAUCGGGGCCCAAAAGGAAGGCAAAGGAAAGGACGCUAAAGAUGAGAUUCCGUACGAGUGGGCACUGGAACUGAUGAAGGGCUACAUACCGGAUCUGUUGGAAAACUCGCCAAAAAUGGACAUUUUCUUCUGCAUUCUGGAGGAGAGCAUCCGAUUGGGCGAUCGUUUGUUGGUGUUCAGUCAAAGCCUGCUCACACUGAACUUGAUCGAGCGGUUUUUGCAGCGCAAUAAAAUUCCAGGCUCUGAGAAUUAUUGGUGCAAAAAUAGCAACUACUUCCGAUUGGACGGCUCAACAGUGGCCCAGGAACGAGAGAAGCUCAUAAAUGAGUUCAAUUCCAACCCGAACGUGCAUCUCUUCCUGGUGUCUACCCGCGCUGGUUCGCUGGGUAUUAAUCUGGUUGGAGCGAACCGUGUGGUGGUGUUCGACGCUAGCUGGAACCCGUGUCACGAUACCCAGGCCGUGUGUCGCGUGUACCGCUAUGGACAGAAGAAACCCUGUUUUGUCUACCGGCUUGUGAUGGACAAUUGUCUAGAGAAAAAGAUCUACGAUCGACAGAUCAACAAACAAGGCAUGUCCGAUCGUAUAGUGGACGAAUGCAAUCCGGACGCGCAUCUGUCGAUGAAGGAGAUCACCAGCCUGUGUUACGACGAUGGUGAAGACGGUGAGGCGAAAGAUUACAGCGAGGACAAGGAUAAAUUCAUCGACAUCGUGAUGCAACACCUGCUAGAAUCGCACUCGAAGAAGCUCACUAAAGCACCGUUUGCCCACGAGAGCCUGCUGAUCGACCGGAAGGAAAAGAAAUUGUCCUCUGCAGAAAAACGUCAAGCGCAACGAGGAUACGAGCUAGAGAAGCAAGCUGCAACCAAACCGGCGUACUCGUAUACAUCGAUGGGCACGACUUAUCGAGCUAUUCGCACUUCAGACGGCUCGAUCAUUCACCGACCUGUGGCAUCGGUUCGUCCCAUGCAGGCUGGUGAUGCGAACAAAACGAACGUACCAGGAGCGCGGCCCACACGUUGGAUACCAGCUGAGGUGUGGCAGCGACAAGGAAUGACUGCUCAAGAAAUGACUCUGCCGAUCGAUGUGGUUAUUCCGACCAGCUCGGCCGACAAAUCGAACAUUGUGUUGAAGGCAGGCCAAAAAGUGAUGGUGCUGAAGUCACCGAAGGGCAUCUAUAUGCAGCUGGAGAGUGGCAAAAUCAUAGCUAUACGUACUGCGUUUAAAGUCGGCCAAAGCAAAGAGGCACCCCCGGCGAAAGGCAGUAGUAUCAUCACUACCACACCGACUACGCCAGGUCGUCGGACAACGAAUCUAACAUUCGGAACGGCCAAGGGUUCGUCUACGUUGCUCAUCUCGAAGAAUGGUGCUGGUGGCAGUGGCGGUAGUACGGGAGAUUUUUCCGAGGGAAACUCGUUGAGCAUCGCGUCAAAUUCCGAUGACGACGAAAAGUCAGAUUCCAGCAUCCUUCCGCUAACCAUUAACGACGAUGGCGAUAGCGAGAAGGAAACCAUGAGCGUGGAUGACUAUCCCGACAAACCGAUCUCGAAAAAGGACACCGAUGUGGUGGAGCACAUCGUAAACGACAAGACUGACACGACGAUGAGCAGCAUGAGCAGUGCGAGUAGUACUAGCAGCAGCAGUGGCCUCCCGUUACCUGCGACAACAACAUCGACAACUACAACGUCCUUCUCGGGUACAUCUUCCUCAAAGGCGCAGGCGAACGAUACGAUUGACAAGUUCCCGAUGAUACAGUCGGCGUACUCGUUGGCUCCACAAGCUCAGGGCUUAGGAGCACAUCGGCCGGGUGAAUUGCAUAUGUUGAAUGCUUCACCAUCACCGGCUGUGCAACCGACAGCCACCGUUACCAUAGAUGACGAUUCCCCUCCCAUGAAGGACAAGAUUAUAUACAAGCCGAACUUGGUCGAACGCAAAACAAAAGCUACUCCAUCGUCGUUGAAGAACUACCGGCACAAGACGAGCAAAGUACAAGAAAUAACCCCCGGUACAGCCACGACGAUUGCACACCCUGUAACGACGGCAUCGUCAGUUAUGGUAUCGUCUGGUACGACGAAACCCAUGACGGUUGCGAGUAGCGGAUCGGCCAUGCAUCAGGUCACCAACGUGAACCGUGGUAUGACAUCAACCAAUAAAAUGAAUGAAUUACCUAACAUCACCCCGAACAAUGAUGCAACCAUGGGAAUGAUGUACAACGCUGGUUCUGGUGCAACCACAGCGCACAGCAACAUGCAACAGUCGCUGGUGAGGACCGCCGACAAGCUGGCUUCCGCAAGUAAUACCAUGCCGCAGCCAACCAUUCCACCGAACUUGUCGGAUGGAACAUUUGGCCAUGGUAUGGAUCCAGUAGGUUACGGAACAUCUACGCAUCACCCGAGCGGCACCGUACAGUCCGCGAGAUCCGCAAACAAGUUACCCUCUGCUGGUGCGCUUCAAUCUCCUACCGAGACACUGGCACCUACGCCGCAGCAGUACUCCGUAGGACAUCAACCGACACUCGGUGGAACACAAGGCGCCUUUGGUGGGCAUGCUACACCAGCGGCAGGACCACAGAGUAGCAAAACCACCCAUAUGCAUCAACCGAUCACGGGAACUUCGCCCUCAGCGUACAGCAGCUCGCCCGGAAACAGCAGCAGUGCGAGCAAACAGCACCACGCAUGGAUGCCGUACGGUUCAUCAGUGACUGGUCCGAUGACAUCUCCUGCGUACGGGCAACCCCAGCAACAGCAACAGCAGCCGCAACCGCAUCAACAGCCCCAAGGCAGUUUCUCGCAACAACAACACCAGGCGUUGCAGCAGCCGCAACAUCAUUACCAACCGAUGGGAAGCCAGCUGCAACAUCGGGCGUCUCACCAACCGGACCUUCAUGGGGGUCUAGGGAUGCAUCAUCAUCACGCGGCCGGAGUGCAGCCACCUCCACCGGCUCCACAGUACGAAUCCAGCUUGAACUUCCUGGAGAAAACUACGUCCGCACUGAUCAACAACCAGAACCAGAGCGAAUUCCAAGCUUCGCUAAGCAACAUCACCCGCUCACCAACACCGACGGAUGGGUACAUCGACUACAACCCAAAGCCAACGGUCGCAGCGACGAAAAAAGGAGGUGCCGGUAGCAAGAGCAAAACGCCCAAGGCACCCAAGAACGAUUACAAUGCGGCCAAAAAAGCGCUCAACAAGCGAAACAAUCCGUCACCCUACACGCACGUCUCGUCCUCAUCGGCGUCUUCUUCUCCGUCCGCGUCUCCGGCAGUUAUGAACCAAUCGCAUAGCGUUGCCACCACGCUACCGUCUGCGGUAAACCCGGGCGUUUAUCAAGGUUACCACACAGCGGGAACCGGUACGAUAACGGCUACCACACCACUAGCGCCUGGUUCGUCCACUGUUAACCCAUCGUCGGCGGGAUACUACGAUCAGUACGGUCAACCGAUGAAUCACCACCAUCACCAACAACCGCCGACCGUAGGCUAUGGGGCGACGUCCGGCAGUGGUUCCAACGCCAUGAUGGCCACACCACCGAUCGCAGUCACACAAAACAAUGGCCUACCGUUGGCGGUAUCUCAACCAUCGACCGUGGCCGGGUAUGGGAACGUGCCGCCACCUGUCGUUUCCUCGUUUGCCGGUCCAUCAUACACAGCAACCAGCAAUAGUACAACGUCGACGGCUACGGUACGCUCGAACUAUUAUCCAACGGCGAGUGGCCACGGAGGCAACAAUCCGACCACGCAACCAUCCGGUGCCGGUCCACAAACGCCCGCAAUUCCGGCAAAUGACGUAUCAUCCAACUACUCCCAUCAACCAUCACCCACCACGCAGCUGCACCACAGGCCAUCAUCACCUUCACAAGCCAUCGCAUCGCACUACCCACCACAACACCAAGCACCGUCAGCAACGACCGCUUCUAGGGGUGGCAGCUCGCGAGGAUCAGCAUCGGCAGCCCAGCACCAGCAACAACACAAUAUGUCCCAACCUCAGCAACAGCAUCCGCAUCUGCAGCAGCAUGUGCAACCGCAUCAUCACCAGCAAAGUGCAGUCACACCGGACUAUCCCAUGCACUCUCAGUCUACCGCACCGUAUCCGAUGGCCACAGCACCGUUGUCGGGAGCGGAUGCCGUAAAUGCUCCCAACGACACUGCGUCCACGAGUGUCUACCAGCAGGAUCUUCACUCGACUCAUCUGCAUCAGCAACAGCAACAGCACCAGCAUCACCAGCAUCCGCAUCUUCAGCAACAGCAGUCGGCAACACCACAAGCUGUUGCAUCCACACCGGGUUCCACGUUUGUGCCGUACUCAUCGACAGGAUUGGCCACUCCGACCGGGUACGGUGCAUCGACGAUUGCCACGAUUGCCAGCCAAAACGCAACUACCACCACCACAAGUACGGCCGCUGUAGUCGCCGGUUCAUCGUCGGUGGGUUCUGCCAGCGGACCGUCCAACGGAUCGGCUUUCCAUCGACCAGAAAGUGCGACGGCCUCGUCCGUGGGUUCGGUUGUUCCACCGGUCUCAAGCUACGACACACCGCCGACGUACAUUCCCGAUGCUAACGCUCCGGCAGCGUCCUAUCAUCAGUAUCAUCACGCACCGUACCAAUCGGCGCAGUAUCAUCACCAUCAGCCGCAGGGAUAUUAUCCUCCUCCGCCGCCACCAUCGGCCUACCCGUACUACCCAUCGUCGGCGGCGGGUCCUUACGGUGCGGCACAACCAGCAGGACCUGGUAUGGCACCAACCGACGCACAGUACCAUGCCUAUCCACCACCGCCACCAUCGGGCGGAUCCACAGCGGCAGCCGGCUCGGCGGCAAGCAACUAUAACUAUCCACCGUAUCCCAGCCAACCCGGUGUUGGCCAGUGGCAGUAA